AAAACACUGGAAUUGAUUUUGAAUCUAUUUUUUGUCCAGGCUGUAAUGCCAGAACAAAUCAAAUUCAAAAUGAAUGGGGUUAUUCCGAGUGUGCCAAUUACUACCCUCGCUGGUAUCGCGAGUCUCACUGACUUGUUACCUGAAAUGCCCCUACCAACGCCGCUGCCCCAAACUCUGACAAACAAAUCUCUCCUGUUUCAUCCAAGAGUAGCAGAGGAAGCACAAAUAUUGUUAAGUGUACGAGAUGAAAAUUUAGUGCCCCAGUUAAUAUUGUCCCUGUCACAAACUUCGUCGGACCAUAUUGAACUGAAGGAUAAUUAUGCUAAUACUGAACAACCCUUGGAAUCAGAGCAGAAUACGCCAGAAUUGCUUAAAGCAAUUCUGCAGAUAAAUCCACACGUGUUCAAAGGGCCUCAGUAUAAUUCUCCGAGAAAUUGGUCUCAGGGUACUCAGCAGAUGCAUUCUAAUCAAUCACCAGCAAAUUAUGGCCGCUUUUCACCAUCUUACUCGAAUUCUUCAGGGUCCAGGCAAACGCCUCAAGGUAGUCCUGCUCAUCCUGCUGCAGCUAGGACCGUACUCCCACCACCCAGUGGUAUCUCUCACGCGCAGCAUCCACGAAUGCCAGUUACACCUCAAAAUCAUGCAGAUAUUUCACAAAUGUCUCCUUUUGCCGUGCCUUCUCCAUCUCCUAGAGGAAACGUUAUGACGGAGCAAACGAGAACAUCGACUACGCCACAGCAUGUACAGGAUGACUCCAAUUGUAUAAAUCCUCUGUCGAAUAUAGCUCCCCAACCAAAUAUGUAUUCUCCGGCUCAUAUGAGUUCACCUAAUACACCUUUGACAUCUUUGGGCAAUGUAACGCCUCAGCAUCAUAACAUGGCUGGUAUGACGCCGCAACACAAUAUGCACAUGACUUCUCCAAUGCGUGCGAACAUACCCGUUCAGCAACAGCAAACUAUGAACAUGCAACAGAAUGUUUACGAUCCAACGAUGAAUCAACAAGUACAUCAUUCGUUGCAAAGUAAUGAGCAUAUGGAUAUUAAUAGCAGUGUUCAAGCUAAUCAACAGUUUUUACUUGAUCCAGUAACUGGCCUUCCUGACAUAGAUUUACCGAUAGAGAAUAUUGAAACGAAACAAAGCAUGGAUAAUGCUGCACAAGAUUUAUUGUCAGGUUCACAGACCACGUCAUAUCCAAACCUUCAUAAUGUUAAUGUUGUUAAUACUUUAGAUCCUACUAAUAUCAUGCCAAUACAGCAUCAACAAAACAACAAUUCCGACAAAAUGUUAAAAAUGCCCACUACACCAACAGAAAAAAUGAAAGAACCUGUUGUUAUGUUGAAUAGAUUAUCUAUAGAAGAUCAGGCGCUUAUGCAGAAGAGUUUAGCUGCAUUCGCUGAGAAAUCCCCCAGCCGUGCUGCAAGGAUGGGAUUGACCAAUCGCGAUGACACAAAGAGCGAUUCCGAAAGCGAGGAAGAAAUUGGUAAAAAUAAUAAAUAUUUCAAAGCGCGAGCAAAGGAACGUCAGGUUCAGAGAGAAAAAGAGAGAGCAGAAAGGAAGAAAAGCGAAGAUAAAAUUCGUAGGAGAAGAAGGAUAUUGGACGACGAUGAAGAGGACGAAAAGAAGGAAGGAAUAUUUACACCAACAAAACCCAAAAUAAGAAAGGUGGAGAAAAAACUAGUUCCAGUUCUGUCUAAAUUAAGCGUUGAAGAAUUAAUGGAAACUAACACAUACCAACGAUUUAAUUCGACCAUAGAAACCAUUUUUGAAAAUACAGAAGAUAUUGCAACCAACGCGGAGUUAGAAGAAGAUGGUGAUGUGCCUCCAGAACUACUUAUUCCUAAAUAUCAGUUACACGAUUUAUGUACCGAAGCGGCAAAGUUGAAAGCUUUAGGAGCUAUGGAAUCUAUUCCUGCAGACCGAUUGGUCAGAUUGCUAAAUAUUUUAGAGAAGAAUAUUCGUGACGGAGCACGAGUAUCUCCGUUAGCAGAUCCCGACGACGACGUUGACGAAAGUAGGCUGUGGAUGCAGUUGGCUAUGGAAAGGGUACAGCGUGCCGUAGACGCAUCCCUGAUAUCGUUGCAUAUUAUGACAUCGAGCAAUAUGCCCAAAACAGUUUAUUUGGAAGACGUAAUCGACAGAAUAGUUCUUUUCAUGAAAUUUCAAUUGCAAAACACCAUCUAUCCUUCGUUUGACCCUGUUUAUAAAAUAGACACAAAAAACAAGACUGACAAUUAUAAUUCUAGUGGACGUAAAAAAAGGGGCCAUAUGAAGGAAGUUCGCGAAAAGAGCAUUCUUCAAGUUUAUAACAAAAUGCACGAACUGGUUGGUCUCCUUGCCGAAUUAUUAAACAUUCAAGUGUUAACGGACACCAGUGUUCUUCACGCAUCCACGUUAGGCGUCGCACCAUUUUUUGUUGAAUCCGUUAGCGAUCUGCAACUAAGCGCUCUGAAGCUUGUCACCGUAAUAUUUACCAAAUACGAAAAGCAUAGAAGAUUAUUGUUAGAUGAUAUUUUGGCGUCAAUAGCGAGACUUCCUAGUAGCAAAAGAAGUUUGCGCACAUAUAGGCUAAACUCUGAGGAUCAUAUACAGAUGCUAACUGCGUUAGUAUUGCAGCUUAUUCAAUGCGUCGUGGUGCUGUCGGACAGUGUUGUACCACAAACAAAAGGAUCUUCGAAGGAAGAGGAAGAGAAGAAGGAAGAAAAAAAGGAAGAGAAAAAGAUUAGUUACGUCGAUGCCGAUGUUUUGAUUAUAAAUAAGUACGAGACCGCCACUAGAAUAGCUGGUAAUUUUUUAACUGUAUUUUUAAACAAAUGCGGAAGCAAAGGAGAAGAAAUUGAUUAUAGACCAUUAUUCGAGAAUUUUGUACAGGAUCUAUUAGCUACAGUGAAUAAACCUGAAUGGCCUGCAGCAGAAUUACUUCUGAGCUUGCUUGGAAAUUUAUUGGUCGGACAUUUUUCGAACAAAAGUUCGGAUAUGUCGCUUAGAGUUGCUUCCAUUGAUUAUCUUGGAGUAGUCGCAGCUAGACUAAGAAAAGACGCGGUCAGUUCUCAAUGCAAGUUGUCCACCAUUGAUCAGAUUAUAAGAGACAUCAAAUUGGAACAACAAAAGGAUGCCGAUUAUGAUCAAAUCAAAGACAAGGAAAUCAUAGGAUUGAGCGAGGACGAAGAAAGGACGGUCUUUCUACAGAAAGUACUAUUAGAUUAUUUGGCUGUUAACGGAACGAAGGAUUCAGCAUUGGUAUACGCUCGACACUUUUAUCUGGCUCAAUGGUACAGAGAUUGUGCGGUAGAGAAAUCACGCGUAGGACAAUCAAAGAAUAGUCCGACUAAGAAGACGCAUAAAAAGAGAGCGAAGAAAAAGAAUAAACAUCACAGUAGCGAUCAGGAAAGCGAUUCGGAAGUUGAAGAUCAGGACGCGGAUGAAAAUGACAAUAACGAGCAGAAAAAUUCGGAAGCUUAUAGACUCAUAGAAGAAAAAAAGAAGUACAUUAUUAGCAGAAUUAGACCGUACAGUACAGGAACUAAGCCAGACGUUUUACAAACCUACAUAGAUUACAAUUCGGCCGAACUAAUUUCUCAAUACCUUGCAUCAAAGAGACCAUUUUCGCAAAGCUUCGAUCGUUAUCUCAAACAAAUACUUCACGUACUGACAGAAUCAUCUAUCGCAAUUCGAACGAAAGCUAUGAAAUGUUUAACGAUGAUCGUUGAAGCAGAUCCAAGUGUACUUGCGAGAGUCGAUAUGCAACUGGGAGUGAAACAUUCGUUUCUCGAUCAUUCUACAUCUGUAAGGGAGGCAGCUGUCGAUUUAGUAGGAAAAUUUGUAUUGAGCAGACCGGAGUUAAUAGACAAAUAUUACGACAUGUUGCUAGCAAGAAUAUUGGAUACAGGUGUCAGUGUUAGGAAACGUGUGAUUAAGAUACUGAAGGACAUUUGUAUGGAGUGCCCAGAUUUCCCGAAAAUCCCAGAGAUUUGCGUGAAGAUGAUCAGAAGAGUGAACGAUGAAGAAGGGAUAAGAAAACUAGUUAUGGAAGUUUUUCAAAAUAUGUGGUUCACCCCUGUAAGAGAACGACCUACGCUUGAUUCCGACUCGUUACUGAGAAAAGUAAUGAAUAUAACCGACGUUGUCGCAGCUAGCAAAGAUAUGGGCCUGGAAUGGUUUGAACAACUGCUGGUAAGUUUGUUUAAACCAAAGGAAGAUAAGGACGAUAGUACGAAAAUGCAAACCGAACCUCCGAAGGCAUUAUUAACGGCAUGCAAGCAGAUCGUCGAUUGCUUGAUAGAAAAUGUUCUUAGGUUAGAGGAAACUAAUCUAGGUGACGUCGGUAAAUCCGAAAAGAAAGGAUCGUCACAGCGACUGGUCGCUUGUUUAACUACGUUAUAUCUCUUUGCGAAGAUCCGACCGCAACUUUUGGUUAAUCAUGCGAUCACCUUGCAGCCUUACUUAAGUUUAAAGUGUCAAACACAAGGGGACUAUCAAAUAAUAAGCAGCGUUGCUCACACUCUCGAGUUAGUAGUACCGUUGAUGGAACAUCCCAGCGAAACGUUCUUAGCGCAGCUAGAAGAGGAUUCGGUUAAAUUAAUUCUGCAACACGAUAGAUCGGUCGUAGCAAGUUGUUUAUCGUGUUUAGGCUCUAUAGUGAACAACGUCACGAGGAACUUUAAAUUAAUACGUGACUGUUUUAAAAAAUAUUAUGGUCAUCUGACGGAGUACAAAUCGUUAUACGAGAAAGAUCCAGCGAAUCCAAUGCUAUUGAAGUAUAGGCCAUUUUUCAGAAGAGCAUUGUUCACAGUCGGCUUGUUAUUGAGGCAUUUUAAUUUUACCGACCCGGAGGUCAUUGAGGGUUUGGCAGAGAACAUAAAGGAUCAAGUCUUUGAAACAUUAAAUUACUUCGUCCAUCAAGACAACGAUGAUAUACGUCAUUUCACUUUGUCCGCUAUUGGUUCUCUUUGCAUAAGACAUUACGAAUUCAUGCUGGUUCCUGAAUUGAAAGAGCUUUAUCACCAUUUGCUUACAUCGGAGAACGCUCUGGUUCAUAUGAGAAUUCAAGUUUUAAAUAAUAUCGAGAUAUAUCUUCAAGAGGAAGAAAAGAGAAUGAUAAAGCAGGAUUUGGAAUGGUCGAAGAUGUCCAAGCAAGAGAAUUUGAAGGAAAUGGGAGAUGUUUCAUCGGGAAUGGCCAGUACCGUCAUUCAGCUUUACAUUAAAGAGAUAUUGGAAUCUUUCUUACAUGCGAAUAUAAGCGUUAGACACGCUGCCCUGAAAGUUAUACAACUGAUUUUGACCCAAGGUUUGGUGCAUCCUGUGCAAAUAGUACCCUAUUUGAUUUGCAUGAGCACGGAUUGCGAGAAAGCCGUCAGUCACAGCGCGGACAAACAGCUGCAAGACAUCGAGAAGAAGUACCCUGGCUUCAUCCAUAUGAAAUCACAAUUUGGUAUAAAAUUAAGUUAUCGAUUGCAGAAAAUUUUGCAGAAUGAUAACACUGUGAGAGGUAUGCGAAUUAAAGAAGGUGAAUUUCCUGGUGCACUCAAUGGUUUUCUAUAUACUAUAUUAAGAAAUACGAAACAACAGAGAAGGGCGAUCGUCUUGUCCUUUUUAAAACAAUUCGAUGAGAGCGCCAAGACAAGUUUAUCUCAAAUGUUAUACUUGGCUGAUAAUCUUGCUUAUUUCACAUAUCAGGUACAAGACGAGCCAUUAUUCAUCAUCCAUCAUAUCGAUAUUAUCAUAUCGAUGUCAGGUACAAAUUUGCUGCAGUCUUUCAGAGAAGCUUUGCUGCCUAAGGAAGGGGGCAGUCAAUCGACAUCGCAUCAUCAUCACCAUCAUCAUCAUCAUCAUCAUCAUCAUCAUCAGCAGCAGCAGCAGCAACAGCAUCAGCAUCAACAUCAGCAUCAGCAUCAGCAUCUAGGAUCGAGCGAGCAGCCUCGUACAGAAAAUAUAUUAUCUCUGGUAGACGAGGAAGACGACGAAGAGGACGAAGAGACGAUUUUAGCAAGAUUACCAGGUGACACGACUUUGCUCCGGGAAUACAUCACAGCCAGUCAAGGUUUUCUCUUGCUCCUGACAUUGAGGCAACAUCUAAAAGAUCUUUAUGGUUUCUCCGAUGCGAAGAUUGGUCAAUAUUCGCCAUCGGAAGCGGCCAAGGUUUAUGAGAAAGCCGUCAAUCGUAAGAAUAAUCUUUUGUUCAAACCUAAAGCGACGUUACAGAGGCUGAAGGAAGGUGUAAGCAAUGCGGAACUCGAUGCCGAGGGCAGAAAGAAAUUGGUCAAGGAAUACUUGGAUUUUAAACAGUUAAUGCUGAAAUAUGAUCCUGAAGAACCAGAUGAAGGAGAGGAAGGUGAUACCAGCAGCAAACAAUGUAACAUAGAUAACAGUCAAUCACCAAGGAUACCCAAUCCCGAGAUUGAUAAUAAACUGAACGAGAGUGCAGUAACCAGCAAUUCUUUCGGAAAUGUUCAGUUUCAUCAAGCAACUAUGAACUCGUCUAUCGAACAUUCGAACAACUCGAUGAACUCAACAAUAACGGCGUCGACUCCGACGUCUCCACGUGUACCCAAAGUUGCUAUACAUCCGAUGAAUCCUGAUAUGAAGGAACAUCGUAAGCACCGCGCGCACAAGACAGAAAAAAUGAAGAAACAUAAGAAGAAGAAGAGGAGAAGAAUCUCCGACAGUAGCGAAAGUGGGGAAGACUAUAGUGACCCUGAUUUUCUAGUGUGAGUGCGGUGGUAUCGGGACCUGCGUGUACAUAGAGUCAUAUUCGGAGUUUUUAGAAUAUCAACGGGGCAAGGGACUGUUCUGGUAUCUAUAUAUAUAUAUACAUACAGCAUAUAUACAUACAUACAUACACAUACAUAUGAAUGUAAUUAUACUUAUAUGUAUAUAUGUAUAUCAGAUCAGAUGAUUUUUAUCGAUGAUACCAGUGCUGCUCUCUGGACGCUCAUAAAGGCGCAGUGAACUUUCGUUAGGUGAAAAAUGAGAUGCUUCUGUAGAAGAGUACUAAAAGGAUGUACUGUAUAAAGUGAGAAAAAGUGAGUGAUAGAAAUAGAGUGUAUGAGAGAACAAGAGACAGAGAGAAAGAGAGGGGAGAGAGAGAGAGAGAGAGAGAAAGGGAGAGAGAGUGAUGGUGGUGCUGUGGUUACGUGUGCGAAAAAUAUCUUCGAUGCGAGCGAUUACAAUUUUGAAGCACACUCGUCGUCACAUCGGCGAGAUUAGAAUUAUAUUAUACUAUGUUCUGCUAAAAGCAUUAAAUUUAGGAUCUCUCUCCGAUGUGAGACAAAGACGACCGGGUUGAUUCGAUCGAAAGUCGAGUCAUUCUCUUAUUUUUCAUUGUCUCAUACAUAUAAUAUAUAUUUUUAACGACGAUCUUAAACAUAA